GGACCUUUCGCGUGGGAGCCGAGAAUAGUCGUCCUUAACUUCCUUAACUUUUCCCAUUCAUUCUCUAUGGUAGUUCUUAUCACUACGGAUGUAAUAUUUUUCUGGCCACAAGCGGGAUUUUGGUGGCGCUGUUUCCCCCCUCGGCAGAAGUAAGGGGAUGAUUUAUUUUCUGAGUGACAGACAGCAUCGAACGUUCUCGGGCGUUGAACGUUCUGGAAGAGUUGACAAUUAUUUUCAUCCGUGGACAAGUUAACUUUUCGCCAGGAGACACCAAGUUAACAACAACAAGUUAGCUUUUCAAUUGUAAGUUGGACCUAUUGUUUUUAACUCGUAAAUUCACUUUUAUACGUAACGUUAUAUGUUACAACAGCUUCUAAAUAAUAUUACUGUGUACACACUGUAAGAGCCAUCUGUCAAGUCAGCGUCACACUGAAAUAUCUCUAUCUAUAUAUAUAUAAAUACAAAUACCCCUCAUUAAUCGAUACUCUCUGACUACUAUCUGAAGGGGGAUUAGUAUUGUCUCAGUUAAGUUAAGUUAAUUUACGUGGGUUAAACCCACUAGACUCAUUACAAAUGCUCAUUAAUUUUGAUAUGAAUAAUGCUGUUAAUAUAACAGUAUUAUUAUAUAGCUUUAAUUAUUACUACAUUACAAUAUAACUUAUACUAGCUACUCUUACUGUAUAAUCAUAUACAACUAUGUAAUAUGCAUUAUUUUUUGCAGUGAAAAGAAAUCAUGAAUCCCGUCAGCUUCUUCCCCGGAAAGAUGACGGUGACAUUUAGGAGGGGACCAUCGGGUCAUCUGCGGCAGGACCCAUCCUCUGAGGCCAUGAGGAUAAAACAUAAUCCUGGGCUUCAGGUCAAUAGUCCCGCUGAGAAACCUGAGCUAGUGAAGACCAGCGCUCGCACUGUGGUCAUCCAGCGAGGAGGGGAUGUGUCGGACCGACAGGAGGUGAUGGGAGAGUACCUGCUGCAGUUUGGCAAGUACCAGGGAAAAUCGUUCAAGUGGCUCCUCGAGAACGAUGUUGGCUACACCAUCUACCUGAUGAAAAAGGUAGACGAUGAGGAGAGAGCCGGGACCUUCAACCCACAGGGACACAGUAAGGACAGCCUGCUGUCUUUUCUGGACUAUGCCAGGAGCUUCCAGGAAAUACAGGACCUGAGGAACUACCUGAUCUCCAGGAACCCUGCUGAACCUGUGGCGUCAGAGGGGGACAAUAUUGUCGGCUUUGGUCGCAGGGCCAAAACCACCUGGAGGCAGAUCUGGGAGAGCAGGGCGGAUGGUUAUGCUGCCUACAUCUCACGCCAAAAGUGCAUCAAAAACAGCAAGAUGUACAACCUGCAGCAGUACAUCCUCAAGCAGGAAAGGGCUGAAUCCUGUCCAACACCUGCAGAAGGCUCCACUACAUCUACUGCCUCCAUCCCAACAUCAGGCACUCUAGAAGGCUCCACCACAUCUACUGCCUCCACCACAUCUACUGCCUCCACCCCAACAGCAGGCACUCUAGAAGGCUCCACCACAUCUACUGCCUCCACCACAUCUACUGCCUCCACCCCAACAGCAGGCACUCUAGUGAUGGAGGAGGACGAGGAACUGGAGAGACAGAUGUUGAACCUGUCUCCAUCUUUAUUUGACACCGGAGUAAGCAGGUGGAUCAUCAAGGGUGAAACCGUAACUCUUCCGGUACUUGAUCAAAUGUCCCCGGUGCUUUCAGGCCCACCAGCAGCAGUCCAGGGAAGAGCAGCUGUGGAUCCAACGAAAGGAAUUAACAUGCCGUCGAAGAUGGUAAGUGUUUUGUGUUAUAUGCAUGCUUCAUUUAAGCUGUCGUUCAAGGAUUUGGCGUGUGAAAUACCACAGAGGCUUAGAUACAGGUUCACAUGCCACAUCUUUGAUUGACCAGUGAUAUUCUUACUAUAUACUUAUAUUGCUUCUGUGCUUUACCUGUUCUCAGAUGCUUAAACGAUUUGUGUUAUUACAUUUCAAAUACACAACAAUUCAAAAUUGAAUGAAAAAUGUUUAGUCUGUGCUACCAGUUAGCUGCAAAGACAACAGGUAAAGUCAGAUUGCAAAGCAUAAGAAACUUAAAUGUGUGAGGAAAAUGACACUGAUUGU